UUACAUUGUCGAUCUAUUUAAAAAUUAGUUGAGUAACAGAAUAGAUUUUCUCUGGGUUCUGUCGAUAAAAUAGAAAAUAUUAAAUUUCGAUUGAUCUAUCGAGUACUGCAUACCUGUUUGAUUCAAACCUAGCUGCGUUACUGUUCUCGACAUGGAUGACAGAUAAAUAUUGAAGUAUCGUCUGCAUUGUAUGUAAACAGAAAUAAAUUAUUACGAUUCUGUAUUUCUACAACAUUUAGCCAAUAUUAUGACGUUCCCACAGGCACAUCAAGCAGAAUUAAUUGCACUUGCUGAUUUAGCAGGAAUUACUACGACUCCUGGUGUUUUUCGAUCUGUCCAAGAACGGCUUCUGAAGAGACAUUUAAUAUUUUGGAUGCACAACCUGAGGAGGAUGAAAAAUCUGAAAAAUCUUGAUGGUGUGCUUACGGAGCUGAUUGUAGUAUACAUUAUAACAUAUAUAAACUUUUGGAUUGAUGCUGAAAAGGCUCAAAAAGAAGUAUCUCAGAUUUCACGGAUUUACAUGUCAGAUAAUUCUUCUCAUUUUUGGGUAGCGGAAUUAUAUGAAGAUUAUUCAUUAAAUCGUCAGGAAAGAGAUCAGCGAUAUAAAUUCAUGACAAAGGAAAAAUUUAAUCAAUCUAAUAUUAAUGUAUCUAAAUAUGUUAAAAAAAUUGUUGGUACUAUUGGAUUGUGUAAAAAUAAUAAAUUACAAAAUUCUGGUUGGAUAAAAAGAUUAUGUGUUCAUAAAAACUAUAGAAGGAAAGGCAUAGGAAUAAAUCUCGUGAAUGUAGCUCUGGAGUAUGGCAGUCAACAAAAAUAUAGAUGUAUUAAUGUGAUCAUUUCAGUACAUAGAAAAGCGGCUAGAGAAUUAUUUAUUACAAAAAAUUUUGAAAUCUAUUCGCAUCAUAAAAAACUUCAUAGAACAUCAGUGACACUAUCAUUUAUUGAAUUAACAUAUCAAUUGAGAUAUAUUAGUAAUGAUGAAUUCUUUGCUACAGAUACAAUUUAUGCACAGACACUUUGA